AUGACUAGAUUCUCUGGAAAGUCCGUAAUCAUCACCGGCUCUUCAAAUGGAAUCGGAAAAGCCACCGCUGUACUCUUCGCCAGAUAUGGAGCUCAAGUCACUAUUACUGGAAGAGAUUCGGAAAGACUUGAGGUCACUAGACAAAAGAUGUUAAAGGCUGGAGGACUACCGGAGAACGUGAAUGUCGUUGUGGUCAAUUUGACUGAUUCUGAUGGACAGGACCAGAUUAUUCAAUCGACAUUAAAUAGAUUCGGGAAGAUCGAUGUCUUGAUCAACAACGCCGGUGCCAACUUCAUGGAUGGUACCAUGAACACGGACCAAUCCAUUGACUUGUACCACAAAACAUUCCGUAUCAACUUCCAAGCUGUAGUUGAGAUGAUCAAGAAGACAAAGGAGCAUUUGAUCAAGACAAAGGGAGAGAUUGUCAACAUUUCCGCUAUUGCAGCGGGACCACAAGCGAUGCCAAUGGCUCCAUACUACGCAGCAUCGAAAGCUGCUCUGGACCAGUACACCCGUUGUGUUGCUGUUGAUCUUAUUCAAUAUGGUGUUCGUGUGAACUCGGUUAGCCCAGGAGUAGUCACGACUGGAUUCAUGAACGCUAUGGGACUUCCGGAUCAAAUUCAGGAAAAGGCUGAAGCAUUUUUGGCUUCCCGAAAAGAGUGCAUCCCUGCUGGAGUCUGCGGAAAACCUGAAGACAUUGCGGAGUUGAUUGUGUUCCUGGCUGAUCGUAAACGUGCUUCUUACAUCAUUGGACAAUCGAUUGUAGCUGAUGGUGGGUCUUCGUUGGUCGGAGGAAUGCACGCUCAUGAUCUAAAGGAUAUGCUUGGACUUUGA